CCUUUUCGGCUUUUCUUUUCCUUAAAGAAUUAAAACCCUAUUGGACUGACGGAGUCUUUGAAUUCGGCAACUCGUCUCAACCUCAGAGAAGGACAGCCGUCAAGGAGACAAAUGAAGCAAUCAAAGGAUCCGUUUGAGGUGGCCUUUGAGGAGCAGCAAGAAUCGCCCCCUGAAUCCCCUGUUGCCGCUGAUGACACUGAAACUCAAGUUCCUGCUGCCAUGUCAACUGCUAUGAAUGGCCAAGAGGAUGACCCCAAUGUCAACAUUCAGCCCACCCACCCAUCAAUGUCAGCAUUGGGUCCAUCAGCUACAGACACUGCUGGAAAAACAAAAGAAGAAGAAGAGGAGGAGGAAGAAAACAUGGAUGUCGAGCUUGGAAAAUUCCAGUCCAGUGAUGACCCUGACAAAAUGGCAAAGAUGCAGGCAAUUCUAUCUCAAUUCACAGAGGAACAGAUGAACAGGUAUGAGUCAUUUCGGAGAUCUGGAUUUCAGAAAGCUAACAUGAAAAAGUUGUUGGCAAGCAUUACUGGGAGUCAGAAAAUCUCUGUACCCCUGGCGAUCGUAGUUUCGGGAAUAGCAAAAAUGUUCAUUGGAGAGCUUGUGGAAACAGGAAGGAUAGUUAUGACAGAAAGAAAAGAGACUGGCCCUAUCAGGCCUUGCCACAUCCGGGAAGCAUAUAGAAGACUGAAGCUGGAAGGAAAGAUACCAAGGAGGUCGGUUCCAAGGCUCUUCCGAUAGAUGAUUCCAGCUGAACUAUUCAGCAGAUUACAAGAUUCAGACUCGUUGAACUCAAUUGUGAGAAUUCCCUUAAAGAGGAUCCUGGAAAGGGAAUAGAAUUCGGUCAGAGAUUUGUGGAGCAAAUGGGCUGUAAGAUUGGUUUCUUCCAUGGCUUUCCUCCCUUGUGUAAAUUGUCCUUUU